AUGUCGGUGGACAACAGUGAAUGCCCUAGCCCACCCAAACUCCACAGGUUACUUCCAUCACUACCACCUCUCCCUUCCACAGUAAAAGAACCAUCAACAUUGUACCAGAUUGUUGUCAAAAAUGGCACUCAUCCACCCAUUAUGGAUGAUAUGUCUUGGACAUUGGCAUCUCCAUUUAAAGAACAAAAGCAUUCAGUAAAACCAAGUGACUCCAUUGUGAAUGAUGAUUAUGAGUUCAGCCUACGGAAAGCAAUUGUGGAUUACAUCUUGAAGGAUCCCAAAGAAAAGGCGCGUCUCCAUAUUGCUUGGAUACCCCAAUCUUUCCCUCAGAGAGUAAUCCGGUCACCUGUUCCAUGGCACUUUACUUAUAUUCAAAUGAAGGAAUUCAACAAACAAUGUUUAUUCUAUUUUUUGAAAUUUCUGGAAAUUCAUAUUAAAAUAGAUAGUUACCAAGAUCUAAUGAAUGAAAUUGCCCUGUUGUAUAUCACAGUGCCACUUAGUAUGUUCUGUCUGGAUAGUACUGAGUUAAAUGAGAGCCUGCAUAACAAAGCCAAUAAUCUGAAACAGCGCAUAAUAUCCUUUGAGGUAGAUGAGAAUAGGAGAAUCAACAAAAGUAUCUGUAAGAGAUAUGAUGAAAUAAGUGAUAAAGUCAGUAUUAUUCCAACCACUACAAAAGAAUUGGUGGAAACACAGGCAUUCCUUCAACAAAUUAUGAGUUCAGAUGAGAUGAAAGCCAAUGUGGAACACUUGGACUAUUUACAUAAAAAUUUAGAGGCAGCCCAAAAUGAAUUAGAUGAUAUUAACACUCAGGAACAAUUACUUGGACUUGAAGAGAUUGGUGUAGCAGCAGCCAAGGAAUAUUCUUUAGAAAAAGCUUUGUCUAAAAUGAAGUCUGAAUGGAAGGAUAUGUAUUUUGAGAUGGUUCCUUACAGAGAAACUGGAAUCUCUAUCUUGAGUGGUAUUGAUGAUAUUCAGUUGCUACUUGAUGAUCACAUUGUGAAAGCACAAACUAUGAAAGGCUCACCAUUCAUAAAACCUUUUGAGAAUGAGAUGAAGGAUUGGGAAGAGAAGUUAGUGAGCAUGUUUGAUAUCAUAGAAGAAUGGUUAAAGGCUUUAACUCACCAUAUUCACUUUCUCUUAUGUUCUUUAAUUCACCACAAUUAG